GUUUGUUAACAGGAACAACCUGACCGUGUUUGACAUGGUUCUGGUUAAAGGGUUUGGGGCAAAGGAGCUCCUGAGAGUAGGAGGGAAGCUCCCUGGGCCUGCAGCCUCACUGCGCUUCAAUGUGCCCCAGUCAACCCUCAUGGAGUGCAGAGAUGGUUUACGAUCAAGUAAGCCCUUGUUUGCCAUCCAGAAAAGCUUUAAAGUGGAGAAUGCAGGCGAGUUGCCAUUGACUGUAGUAUCCAUGAACAUUAAUGGAUAUAAAUGUCAAGGUUAUGGCUUUGAGGUGCAACACUGCAGAUCUUUCAGAGUGGACUACAACUCGUCCUCAGAAAUCACAAUUGCAUUUACUCCAGACUUCACAUCUUCGUGGGUAAUCAGAGACUUGACCCUAGUGACAGAACGUGGCUCCCUUUUCCACUUCACCCUCAAUGUGACUCUUCCUCACCACAUGCUGCCCCUGUGUGCUCAGGUGGUACCAGGACCCAGCUGGGAGGAGUCUUUCUGGGUCAUCACACUGGUCUUCACCUGUUCCUCUCUAGCUGGUGUGUGUCUGAUGGCUUUCCAUCAAGCUCAGCACAUUCUAAGCGAGUUCUCCACACCAAGUCCACGUAGCAAUCACAACUCUGUACCUCGUGAAAAUAGUAGUGUCAGCCACAUCUCCUCAAAUGGUGUCAGUAGAGGAAAAGGCAGUUGUAAGAACUACACUGACACAAGCCAUCCCUCUGACAAAGGCAAAGGGAGAGGAUCUCCAGCCGUGGCCAAUGGGACAAUUCGGUCACAGUCCUCAUCCAAGAAAGCUUCUGGAGGUUCAUCCCAGCCUCCAAAGAAGCAAACUAAGGUGUCGUUCCUAUACAGUAGAUAUAAAAAUAGCCCUGCAACUGCUACUGCUAGUGUUACCUGGAAAUCUAAGCAGCAUAGAGGAAAAGGCAGUUGUAAGAACUACACUGACACAAGCCAUCCCUCUGACAAAGGCAAAGGGAGAGGAUCUCCAGCCGUGGCCAAUGGGACAAUUCGGUCACAGUCCUCAUCCAAGAAAGCUUCUGGAGGUUCAUCCCAGCCUCCAAAGAAGCAAACUAAGGUGUCGUUCCUAUACAGUAGAUAUAAAAAUAGCCCUGCAACUGCUACUGCUAGUGUUCCUGCUUCCUCAGACUUUUGCAGUCCUCCCACUGGUGAAGAUGGAGACCGCACCUUUGAGCUUGAUUCAGAAGUUUGUAAUAACAACAACAAUAACAAUGACAUAUUAGAUGAAACCCUUCUCCCAGCUGAGAAGAAAGAGUACUUUAGAGAAUCCAGAGAGGACAAGGCAUUGCCAGCUGAUAUGUUUCCUAUGGAAACACUUCCUAGAUUACCAGAAAACAUCCCAGCAAGCAGAGUCCCUCAGCCUGUAGAUGAAGCAAUGGAAAACGAGGAGUGUAAAAGAAAAAAUAAUGCAGAAAAAAGGGAUAAUGUAGAUGAAGAGAAGACAGAAAGAGGCAGCAGUCCGAAGAAGAGACCAGAGAAAGAUGCAGAACUUGGAGUGUCAGCCACCAACACCAAAGCAAAGAAAAACACAGGCAGAAGUCGCAGAAAGGCAGCGGAGCUCAUUCCUGGGGUUCCUGAAAACAGCAUUGUCAUGGUAACGGAGAGUGAGAGACAAUUUCUACGUAAUGCUGCUGGAACCCGCAACAUGAAACCUGAUCUACCUAAAAUAGGAGCCAACCCAGACAGCCCUCUCAAACACAGCGGCACGUGUUUGAGCAGACCGAGGCGUAAAUGUCCAGAGCGACGUCUGCAGUGGGAGUCAGGCUCUGAUUCAAGCAGUUCAUCGGGCAGUGUGAGAGCCAGCCGAGGGUCCUGGGGCAGCUGGAGUAGUGCCAGCAGCAUAGAGGGAGAAAAGGACCCAAACAGACAUCCCUGCAGGAGAGACAACAUCCAGUACAACCCAUAUCCAAAAGAUCGGGAAUGUUACAUGAACAUGAACUACGACUACAAAACUCAAAGCAUGAACAAUCUUUAUGUCAGGGAACCAUGCCAAAGCCCAGAAGUCUGUCCCGCCCCUGCAAUCCCUCACACCUUUGCUGAUGUAGCUGCAGGUGUGGACAAAAACAUUGACAUAAUCGGCUCUAAUGUGAUUGAAGAGACAUGGUCACCGGCCUCAAUUCCUCUGACCAAUGAAUUCAGGUACAACAUGACCGAAUCCCUCCCGUUCGUCCCUCAGAGUCCCUCAUCAGGAUAUGAGAGCUUCCCAUGGAACAACGUGAACAGCCAAUGUGCCGGUCAGUAUCCCUAUAGUGACCAGACCAACUACAUGCCAACAGGUAAUGGCAAUUACCAAAAUGCAUUCUCAUGCCAUCAAAGCCAAACCGUGACCCACAGCCAACAGCCAGUGUGGGGUGAGAAUGGAACCCAUGACAUGAACUCCACAUGGGACACUGGCAGUUGUGUGGGCAGCAAGCCAUACUUUUCAGGAACCAGAAGUCUGUCACCCAUGUCCAGUCUAUUUGGCUCCAUCUGGACACCUCAAAGCGAGCCUUACCAGAGCCACUUCCACCUAGAGCGUUCCGUGCCGGUCUCGUCCCACUCACCCAUCUCACCCGUCGCACCCUUCAGCCGCGAACCAGGCGGCGCCUGCCCGGGAAAACAAUACUCCAGCUUCAAUCCCUUUGGACCGCACAUGAAUUUGGACAUAUGGAACUCGUCUUCAAACCGGAGCUCCAACUCUCAGCUCUCCAACGAUUCAGGCUACUGUGGGGAUAUGUGAGCAAACGGUGCUUUUGUUUUGAAUAAUAAGGAAAAACAGAAUGUGCUUUUAUCUCUAAAGGGGGAAAAAUGUGAAUAUUCUUCUUUCUUUUAUGUUUGAUGUUGUGGUAAGGUUCAGCAUUUUGUUGUAUAUUUUUCUAGAUGUUUGGCAAGUUUGACCAUUGAAAAUUAAAAA